AUGGCCAUCUCGCUCUUUUGGAACGAGCCCGCGUCCGGUGUCUCCCGGGCACUCGACCGCCUCCGCUCCGUCUCUGAGCGCCCCGUCACCGCGAUCCCCUUCUGGCAGCAGCAGGUCCCGCACCUCAUGGCCGCGUACGGCACCCAGACGGAGGCGGUCAAGGCCAUCGCGUUGUGCCACGAAGCACUCGCCGUGGCGCUCGCCAGCUUCUUCGUCACCAACCGCGUGCGCGGAAAGGAUGCCAGAUACUGGCGUCGCUGCAUGAACGGCAACAAUCAGGGACAUUGCGCCAUGUUCUUGGAGAUCGACUGUGCCCCAGCCAACAGCGGUGAUGCUGUCACCUUGGUCUUCAACUCUGGCGCUGGCCUUUCCUAUUUUGUCAUGUCACUUCCCAAGGGCAUGGCCCUGGGAGAGAAGAGAGAUCUCAUCCCUGCUUUCCAGGACCAGAUCUUUGAGCUCAUUACCACCAACCUGCCCGUCGACGAGAUAAGCCGGGCGUCAUCUGUUCUCACCACUAGCACCCACCAAGAUAGCAUGUGUGUCGAGCCCAGCGAGAACGUGCCUGAAGGACCCGCUUCGUCCAUCGCAGACGUGGAGGAAGUGCCCGCUCCAUCUAAUGUCGAUCCGGACGAAACACUCGUCCCAUCCAGCGCGAGCGUCGAGCAAGUGGCCACUCAGCCAGGCGCGGGCGCGGAAGCACCUGUCGAGUCCAACGCGGACUCUGAGGCCAUCUCCGGCACCGACACUGCCGUGCCUCCCAACUCAGACAAGGAUGAAAAGCGCCUCCCGAGCGUAGCCACCUUUGCAGCUGGCCAUGAGAUGCUCCGUCGCCCCCCUUACCACAUCAUCGUUCGUCUCGGACAGUACGACGUCCCCGAGGUCCAUUGCAGCCACCCGGCCUCGGCCGACUUUAUACGCCAGUACCUGGACCAGUGGUAUCGCGAGGACUUGGCUCGGCUAGAGAUGGCGACCAACGGAGGCAGCGAGAAUGUCACCGCCGCCGCCGCUGAAGGCGGGCUCAUGAUCCUUUUGGACGCCAUGGACGUCACCCAGCACGACCGUGACUACGUCUCGCGCGUUUCGCUCCCCGUCGUCAUCCUCCAGAUGAUCGAGACGUGCCUCGGGUACGAGCUCCACAACAGCGGUGAAAACUGGUGGCACUUUCGUCGCGCCGUGGCCUUCAUUGAAGAAGAGGGCCUUCGUGACGCAAACGUGGGACCUUUGGCUUUCUGA